AAAAUGCACAAGUCAGCAUACAGGUGAAACAGCAAAGCCGUUAAAGAUGGAGCUCCUCACACUCGUACAAACAAAUCUUCUCUUUUUCCCAACACAAAUCACAUGGUUUAUUUUAUAAUAAGAACUUGUGUGAUCAACAAGUUCCAGAAGCCAAGAAAGAAAAGAAUGUUUGCGAAAUUGUGGAUCUUGUUGAAAUACAAGUAAAUUGGCAUUUGCGGAAUGGCUGCUGCUACAAAAAAUAAAUUGGUGGCAGUGGCAAUAGGCAAAGAUAAAGGAAGCCAAGUAGCUAUGAAAUGGGCUGUUGAUUCUGUUCUCAACAGGGGCCAAACUGUUUUUCUGUUGCAUGUCAAGCUUAAAGUACAGGGACCCCCCUCUGUAUCCCUUUUCCCUCCAAGAUCAAAUCGGAUUUCUGAAGAAACUGGGGAUGCGGAUCCACAGUCCAUCAAAGAAUUGUUCCUUCCUUUCCGUUGUUUUUGUACCCGUAAAGAUAUUCACUGUCAAGAUAUUGUGAUAGAAGAUACUGAUAUAGCCAAAGGAUUAGUUAACUACGUUGCAGAAUCAGCAAUAGAAGUUUUAGUUCUGGGUGCCGGCUCAAAGGGGGGCCUUUUCAGGAGAUUCAAGUUAAAAGAUAUUCCAGGAAGUGUAUUAAAAGGGCUACCAGAUUUUUGUACAGUCUAUGUUAUAUCUAAAGGAAAGAUUUCUAUUACGCGGUCUUCUUCUCGAUCUGCUCCACCCUAUUCACCACUCCGUAACCAACUACUGUAUCAAGCCAGCUCAAAAACUGAUGCAGAGAUAUCAUCACCAAAUGCAUUUGCCUCAAAAGGAGUUCAAAGACCACCGUUCGAUCAAUCCUCACAAAUCAGUCAAACUGAUUCAAGCUUCAAAUCACCGCUCCCGCAGAGGAAUGACCUAAAUGGAAUAUCGUAUGGAGAUUUGUCACAAUUUAAUAUAGACAUAUCGUUUGUUAGUUCUGGUAGACCUAGCGCAGAAUACAUGUUUCCGGCAUUCAGUGACAGUUUUGACAUGAGCUCGACCCCCACUAGGCUUUCUAACAUAUCAGACGCAGACAGCCAAGGGUAUGACUUUGGGCGUACAUCGGUGGACACCGUCACAGCUACUGACAUUUCAUAUGCCUCAUCUGACGGUAGUUCAUCUGCUUCACAGCCAGUUGAGGAUGUUGAAGCUGAGAUGAGAAGGCUUAAGAUAGAGCUCAAGCAAACAAUGGACAUGUACAGUACAGCUUGCAAAGAAGCACUCUCGGCAAAACAAAAGGCGAUGGAGCUACAGCGCUGGAAACUGGAAGAAGAGCGGAAAUUAGAAGAGGCACGAAUAGCUGAAGAAUCUGUUAUGGCAGCUGUCGAAAAGGAAAAGGCCAAGUACAGAGCGGCUAUAGAGCAUGCUGAGGCUGCUCAGAGGCUUGCAGAAAUAGAAGCACAGAAACGAAGAAGUGCUGAACUGAAAGCUCUCAAAGAGGCUGAAGAGAAAAAUCAAGUACUAGAUACCCUUGGUAAAUCAGAUGUCAGGUACAGGAAGUACUCAAUCGAGGAAAUUGAAGCUGCAACGGAGUUCUUUUCACAAAAACGUAAAGUUGGUGAAGGAGGUUAUGGGCCAGUUUUUAAAUGCUACCUGGACCAUACGCCCGUUGCUGUCAAGGUUCUACGGCCAGAUGCAGCUCAGGGGAAGUCACAGUUUCAACAAGAGGUGGAAAUACUGAGUUGCAUACGCCAUCCUAACAUGGUUCUCCUCCUAGGGGCCUGUCCUGAGUAUGGAUGCCUAGUUUAUGAGUAUAUGUCAAAUGGAAGUUUAGAAGACCGUCUCUCGCUGAAAGGAAACUCAAAACCACUCUCGUGGCAGCAUAGGUUUCGGAUUGCAGCUGAAAUUGGGGCGGCUCUUCUUUUUCUUCACCAGACGAAACCUGAACCACUGGUACAUCGAGACCUAAAACCUGCAAAUAUCUUGCUUGACCGCAACUUUGUCAGCAAGAUUAGUGACGUAGGAUUGGCCAGGAUUGUUCCUCCAUCUGUUGCGGAUGCUGUUACACAGUAUCAUAUGACGUCCACAGCUGGAACUUUCUGUUAUAUAGAUCCAGAGUAUCAACAAACAGGCAUGCUAGGUGUAAAGUCUGAUGUAUACUCUUUAGGAAUCAUGUUCUUACAGAUAAUAACUGCCAAGCCACCUAUGGGUUUAACUCACCAUGUUGAAAGGGCUAUAGAAGAGGGGAAAUUUCAUGAAAUUCUGGAUCAAGCUGUUCCUGAUUGGCCUGUCGAAGAAGCAUUAGGCUUUGCCAAGAUGUCCCUCAAGUGUGCUGAGCUAAGAAGAAAGGACAGGCCAGAUCUUGGCAGUGUUGUCAUGCCCGAACUCGAGAGAUUGAGAGAACUUGCAGAAGACCAAAUGCCGGAGUCAGUGUUCUACAGUGAUGGUCCCUCGCCCAGCAACAGUCAAGAUUCUGUGUCUCAGUAGGGGUAGAAGAAAGGUUCUCGGAGCAAGAGACUUCUGAUAAUUUCAGUUUGCCAUGGAUGUGAUUGUUUCACCUGGUCAAAAGCAUGCUGUCCAACUGCUGUAGUUUCAUCAAAAAGUGAGUUAUCCAUCUGUUUUGAUUCCAAGUUGGAGUAAAUUACAGGGGUGUGACUACAGUUUACACUGAUUUGCAAAAAUGUGGCUGAAUUUUAAAAUUAGCAGAAAGGUGGCUGACAUGCGACUCCAUCUUUUAAAAAGUUGGCUGCCGUUAAGGGCGUUAGUUUUCAACCAUUAACUUAAUUAAAAAACAUAAAGUGAAGGGGUAUUUACGUCUCUUCCUCUACACAACCCUCAUUCACCCUGCAAACAAGAAAAAUAAUCUACUGUUUAGAGAUUGUAUUAAGUCAUUAAGGAUCAUCAUCAGCAUCGAUUUUCUUGGACGUUAUAUUCUUUUUCCGCUGAUUCUAUUGUCUCCAUUUUAGAGUGAGGUUUCGAGGCCAUUGAGGGGGCAACUGUGGUAUCCCAAACCAUCUCUUACCUUUUUGUGCUUUUGUGUGUGUGAUCGUGGAGGGACUGAGAGGGAGAGUGAAAGUUUGAGUUUUUUCACAGAGGGAGAACUUUUAAAAAUAUAUAUAAUUAUACCCUCUCAACCUCUCAACCUCUCUUCUAUUACUCGGUUAAGAUCUAUUUAAUGGUAGCCAAUUUCUUGAAAAGCGGAGAAAAGUG